UUAGUAUCGUAAUGUGUUAUCGCGGAUCGAACUUGUAUGAUGGAAAAUGGUUCAUCUGAAUUGACCCUCAGAUUAGAGAUCCUUCACCCAAGUUACUUGGUUGAUUUGUUGUUAGCUGAAAAAGAGCAGCUCAAAGUUGGAGGGUACAACUCUUCCAAUGGUUGCACCGCACAAAGUCCCCAGCGUACUGACGAAAAAGGUCCCCGGGAUUCCUCAAUUGAUCAGCCUGGUUCACAAAUCUCGAAUCAUAUUGGAAAAAAUGGAAUCAAGAACUCCAAAAAGCCCGAUAAGCUCAGAUUUAUUCUUGAGGAAAUGUUGCAUUUCGAACGUCGUCUUCUGGAGUCACUCAGGAUUUUAACAGUAAGCUGUCUGUUUUUUCAGUCAUGCGGUAAGGACAUCAAUUCCACCAUAUGUGACAAGAACUCCGGUAAAGAUAGUACCACAUUGAAAGAAAUUUUCAAGGACAUUCCAAGUCUUUAUCAGUUACACCAACACCUGUCUAGUGGACUCGAUUCUUUACGAGCGACCAGCAGUCCAGACAUACUGCCUUCCGUUUUCAUUAACUCCAAGGAAAUCCCCUAUCUUAACAUCUACAAAAGCUUUAUGUGCCGCUAUGCCACGAACUAUCCCAAGUUAACAAACUUGGUGCUGAAGGACAAAGAAUUCCGGAAUAUGUGCACACAGUGUAUCAUCUCAUCCAAAUACGAAGAACAACGCAUUCAGGACGUCUGCGGAAUGUACCUCGGCGUACACAGCUCCGUGACACGGUUUAAGCUGUUAAUUUCCAAAAUAGAAGAGGCGCUGGCCGAGGAUGACAUCCGUAUACGCGAUGUACGAAAAGCGCUUAAAGUUUUGGAUGAACUUCUUGCCAAUUCUGAAGGCGAAAUUGUGCGCCAGGACCAGAUACUGGACGCUCACGCUGCCUUCAGUAAAAUCGAUGGUCGACAGAUGGAGUUCAGACAUAUUCCCCCACUAUUAAAAGAGGGCCCAUGUAAGAAAAUUCCCAGACGAUCUUCUCAGAAGCGGAUUCUGGACAGGCAUUUAUUUCUAUUCUCCAACUACCUAGUCAUCACCAUGCCAGUAAAUCACUUGGGUCGUUAUCAGGUAAAAUCAGAAGUCAUGCUGAAUGGAAUGAAGUUGUUAGAAAUUGUGGAGGAUGACGAUAUUGGAAUCCCGUUCUGCUUCCGAAUUAAAGCAAAAGAACUUUGUGUUGAACUGGCAUUUGGCAAUGAAGCUGAGAAGACCGAGUGGUGGAAUCAGCUGCAAGCGGCCAUUAAUCAGGAAUUGAGGCAGUUGAAUUCCGUAUUCCCAUCGGUAAACGCAACUGACCAGAAUUUAGAACCAGUGAGUGGAUCUUCAGCGAUAGAAUGGGUCAAAGAUGAACAGUCAACGAUGUGUGCUGAAUGCUCAGCAGAAUUUACCGUGUUUAAUCGCAGACAUCAUUGUCGUGCAUGUGGGAAGGUGUUUUGUGGUACUUGCUCCGACUAUCGGGCACCAAUUGCAUUUCAAGGAAAUAAAGAAAGAGUGUGCGUAAUCGAUUACUACCUGAUAAACUCGCACUUAAAGCCACCAACUCCGGAGAUUGUCGAGAGCAUUCUGCAACGUAUGCAGCAAGAACCUUCCACUACCGAAACCGGCCACUUACUCUGGUGUCGAUACACUAAUGGCAUGUGGGAUUUGAAACCCUUCAGCCGUGCGACCAAAGCCAGUUCGCAGUGUGUAUUCGUAACGCUGAAGCCACGCUCGACGGAUAUCGGUGGUGUGGAUAAUCUGUCUUUAGCUGCGCUACGAGACGACCUCCAGAAUGACGACAUACAACAAACCGAUAAUGCUUCAACUCCCUACAGGACCAAUUCCUCUAAUUCUGUGACAGAUACACUAGGCGUGCCAGCGUCCGACGCAUCAUCACUAAAACCUCUCCAAUCCAAGCGUGUCGUAUCUCCCCACCAUACUGCAUGUCUUUCUCGUGUAUUCUGUUCACUUGGCAAAGAUACACUUUUGUCCGUUUAUGCUGCUCGUGCAGACAGACGCGCAAAGGACCAGCUUCCACUCAUCGGUACGCGGCUAUUCUACAUGGACUACGUGCAUGCCGAUGCUGAACGAAAACGUCUUGCUUCCAGCGCCACACUACCUCGGUUCUUCUCCCUGCGCUGUUUGUUGAAUUCGCCGAAUUCCUUGUCGUCUGAUGAUUCUGCUUUGUCCACUCCGUCUCGAAAGAUGAAUAAGGCGCAUGAUACUGAAUAUCCUUCGAAAAUAGCUAAUCCACUCUAUCGUAAUCAUAAACCUCCACCACUGACACCGAAACCAAAUAAAUCGGUCAUAGAGGCCGCGCUCAAACAACCCGGGAUUUGUUCAAAUGAACAGAAAGGAGAGCAACUGAGUACUCUCAAGCAUAGCCAAACGCUCCCUACUCUAUUGCAUGUCAGCACUUUUCGGUGGACAAAACCCAGCUACCACACAAGGGAAUCAAAGUUUUCCGAGAAUCCCCAUCUUACACAAAAUGAACUUGCGAAACAAAUAGCCUCAGUUUCUCCAACAGUAUUCGCGUUAUUGCGCAAUAGAUUGGGAUUUAUCUUGCUCCCUAUGAACACCGACUGUUUAGCGCAUUAUUUCGAGGCUCCCUCCAUUGAAAUCCGGACCAGGUGGAUUAAUUCUAUUCGCCGAACGUGCGUCAGUUAUCUGGAAAGAUGACGAUCGCAGCAACGUAUACAUCCUCUUCCUCACCAUCCAUAUGGGAUGCCUUUCUUCCCAGGGUCGCCAAGUACCGUCUACCGAAUCGCAAUGAUUUUACAUAAACAUCUAUUCGUGGAAUCUCAGUUUCAACUUGAUCUAUCUCGUUACUUUACGCUCGGUCUCUUAAUAUCGUUUAUUUUUGACCACGUUACUUUCGAACUGCAGCUAUUCUGAGCAUGACGACAUUGUUCAUGUGAACACAUUUGUAGUCACAUAUUUUUCGAAAAAAUGAAAAUCAUGCCCCU